AUGAGAAGGCGGUCAGACAUUAACAGCGUUCUUCCUGUCGAAGGUUCUCGCAUGCCAAGGUAGGUCCUUCAAUUCGCAACUGCAAUCAUCUCCAUUUUUCCUUCAUUACAGCACACAGGAGGUCGACAAAUUCUUUCGGAAACUGGACGUUGACGGAAACAACAGGAUCUCCGCAGACGAGCUCCUUUACAUCCUGAAUUUGGAUGGCAUCACAAAGGCGGACAUUGAGCAGUUCAUCGCAAAUUUCGACGUUAAUCAUGAUGGCUGCUUGGACAAAAACGAGCUGCGUAAUCUCCUACUAUCGUUAGGUUUAUAAUUUGUGCAUUUUAUUGGCAAUACCGUAUGUUUGUCACACACGAUGCUUCUCUGUGACCAAUAAGACAAUCUUGAAAUCUCCUGUGUUCAUACAGUUCUCAUCGAUGGGGCGGAGAUGUGAUUGGGUGAGGCCUCCUGGAUCAUUUGUGCCAGAUAUGAACAUUAGCGAUUUCAUUUCUCUACGGUCUGUUAUAGCGGCAAUUGAAAACUGUGCUACAUUGGUUGGCGACAGGUUUUAAGUCCUUUGAUUUAUGGAUGGGACUGAAGUCAGUUGUGAUGAAAGCAGUUAGUAAGCGUAAACCGGCCUUUUGUUGCAAAUAAUUGUGGAGAUCAGACGUAUCAUGUUCAGUUUGAGCCUUCGACUCAGUAGUUUUACGUCCCGAAGAUGAUCUCAUAGAUGAUUACUCGUCUUUUUAAUUCCUUUGAACUAUUUUGGCGAUAUAAUUUAAGGCAGAUUUUGGUGAUUUUUAGGAUUUAUGGGGAAAAAACUAGGUUAUGCGGCAGGGGGGGAGGAAUUCGCUUUAUGUUGAAUUAACAAAUUCAAAAUAUGCAGCAAACACGGGCUCCAUUCACUGUGGACAGAAUAUAUGUUAAUAAGUUACUCGAGAGUCAAAAAGUUUUACACAAAAAGAACGACUAUUAUGGGGACAGUUCGAGUCUUAGCUUCUGUAUUUCUGUAUCUUCGGACGUAAGGUAGCGCGCCAGGAAGGGCAAUGCUGGAUGCUGAUAUGCCGAUGUAUAACAAGAUAUAAGUCGAAAGCCACGACAGAAAGACUUCGCACAGAUUACUUCAGAAUGCAGGCGAUGGGUAACGUCAUCCAGAAUGCAACCAGAGAAUUGAUAGACCGUUUUGAUAUGUCGUUGUAUGAUCAUAUCGACUAGAAAGACAUAAGAAACACCGGCAGCAGAAGAGAGCCUUCGGAGGACUCGUUUUUAAAUUAACAGAUAUUUUUAACAAAGCAGGAAAAAUUACAGUAGAACCAUAAAUAAUGAGAGGAGGAAUAUAGGCAUUUAGUAUUUGUCAGAUUGAGGGUUGAGGUGUGUGGUAGGGACGUAAACGAGGAAUGUAAUAAGGAAGUCCACGAACUUUAGUGAAAAGGGGCUCAAUAUGUAGGGAAAAUGAAAGAUCUGCUGGCGGAUAUGUGUCAGCUGUAUUACACGCCACGUGCAACGAGCCCUGAUGAAGGGGAGGGAGCCGUGAAUAUUCAUAUGUAUGCGGUGGCAUGGCUACUGCAUCCUAUAAAUACUGCAGCCGCAUGUGCAUGAACCACCCUUAUCUGCUUAUGUCUCUGAUGAUGGAUUCGAGUAGGAAUCCGAAACGUCAGGCUAAUAAAGCUCUUGUCCCGGCGAUCGUGUCUUUUUCUUCAAAACGGCAGUCUACAAUAUCAAUGGCAUAGUUUAGAGACUGCAGAGAUACGUCAUGUACUUCCUUGAGUAACACCAGAAAAUAACGAAAAUUCAGUAAUGACAGCAACGUCUGUCCCGAUGGUCCAAAUGCGAAACCAAAUGGGUGGCUCUUAGGAGUGCCAAAAUAUCGCGAAUAACGAUGUUUCCUCCGAGCGGCCGAGGCACUGAUGAUUUUCAUCUGAACUAGUUUAGGGGGGGGCAGACUUACGCCGCAUCUACCGCACUCUCCUUCCUCACCAAACCAGAUAACGUCAAGACAGUCGGAAGCGGGCUCCAGGGCAGUCCUGCCACUGAGUGGUUCAACAACAAGCGAUUCUCGAGUUGAACAGACCUUCGAAAGGUGGCCAUGUGAGGAUUCAGCAGGACACGGCCUCUCCAACUUAUGUUCAUUUCCCGUGCCAUUAUUUUAAUGCGGUAUUAUACGACUGGCGAAAUGACUGACAGUGGUCCGUAGAUUGGACACCAAUGCCCACUGAUCUAACCCACAAUUCUUAUCCCCUCGGGGCUACCUAAAAUAUAGGACAGAUCAUUUGUCGAGAAUGGAAUCUAAUCACGCACUACACUCGGCAUCGCGUCCCCCAAUCCCCUUAACAAGUAAAUGACGGGUACUCUGCAAUAUCAAAUGUCCUCAAGGCUGCGUCAUGCACUUUUUGGAAGUCAGAACGGAAAAAAGCGAGAAUUUAGUAACAACAUCAGUAGCUGGUCUAGAAACGAUACCACUAAGAUCGACGUCAUUUACUCUCGAUUUGUACCAACAUCUGAAUGUCAGCAUUGUACGCAGAUGUGGCUGUCUCAGCAGUCCAUUUGUGAAACCAAAGGCCUUGAUCCUAGGACAGCACAACCAUCGCGAGCGACGUCGUUCACUGUGUGAGCGGGGGCAGCACCGAUGAUUUACACAUAAAUUAGUUUACGGUGAGGCAGACUUACGCCGCGUCUACCGCACUCUCGUUCCUCACAAAACUGGAUUUUGAAGGCAAGAUAACGUCAAGACGGUUGGAAGUGGUCUCGGUCGCACUGGCCGACAAUGUUAGUCGGCACGUCGACGCAUGUCAAACACGGUCUGUUCCCCAGGGCACUCAUUGUGAUUUCACUGAGCCAGCACGGACCCAUAAAGACCACAUUAAGAAGGGCAACUGUCAAUUGAUCAUCACUGUCUCAGUCCCUCCAAACUACUCCUCUGUUGAUCGAGCUAGUCCGUCAUCUGUCAACCUUCCAAAUCCCGACACGUAGCGGCUCGUAGCAGAUUCAAUUUAGGAAGGAAAGCGCUGAUGUGUCGUGGAAAUAAAUUCUCUAGUGUCGACUUCCCCAUCCUGCCCUUGUUCCUCUCACCAGUCGGAUGUCCGAGCCUGUCAAUGAGCUUGUGUUAGAACUGCCUAUCAUAGACCCAUUAUAGCAUUUAAUUUACAGGCACUCCUGAGCCAUACGAAGCCUUUUGAAGAGUUGAGUCAACCGACUGUCUAACUAUCACAUGAUAAUUCCAUCGGGAUAGCUAAAUGAUCCGUAACGUGAACGAUGGUCUCAUUCCCCAUCGGUUCCUCUGCGUAUUCUAUCAUCCGCCUGCGAACUAAACACCUAGUUUCUCUCGCACAACGUAUUUCGUCCGCAACCGCACCAGGUGGGUCAAACCGCCCUAACGUAUCUGCUAUUGUCUCGGAUGCUGGGAUCCAGCAGGAAUCCGAAAUAUCAGGCAAACAAAGCUCUUGUCCCAGCGAUCGUGUCUCCUUCUUCACGACUACCCCUAUCGUAUCUUGUCAUGACUACAGCCAUUUCGACCUCGUUCAAUGGCGCCUGAUGAUGGCCUCCGGUGUCUAUGUACAAAGGAUCGAGUCUCCGACUUCGUAAAUGCUUCCAGGCACAUGCACUGGCGCUUGAGUAUUUUGUUAAUUACGAGUACCCAUUGGCAUAUUCUGACAUCUUUUCGUAAGAAGAUAGGUAAGUGCGCUUGUAUCGACAGUGAACGCCCCCUACCUGCCUCAGGCAUUCUCGUCGCCCACGCGAUCAGCUGAGCUAGGUAGAGGGCGGCCCUUCUAAAUCUGACAGGUUCGAGUGUCCUGUCAGGUGAGGUUGACUGUAAAAAUAGCGAAAAUACGCGCUAUCUACUCGAAAGGUCAAUAUGCCACCAGGACAUCAGUAUGGGCUCAAAACCCACGGUCUCGGCUAACAUUCCUUACAAAUGUCUACAAGUGCGACAGCUGUGAAUGGCAAAGCCUGAAUACAUCAGUCAUUCAAAGACAACGAGCCAUGGUCGUAGUAUACGCCCCUACUGUUUGGCGCAAUCAGGACAUUCCUGUCUCUCUGUCUGUCAGAACAAACGGCGAGUUGUCUAUGAAGGUUCUCCGUCGUUCAUACUUGCGUUUGAGACACGCAUGAAUAUUCUGUUAAUUGCAAAUAAUUUAUAGAAUAUUAUCAGGCGUUUUGACAAAAAGACAAGUAAGUUUGCUAAUGGGGCCAUCUAUCCACCGACUGGUUUCAAACUGAUCUACACAAGUUAACAGUUGUAGAUGUUACCGCCUUCGAAGCAGUCGGCUCCACUUGCUUUUCCUGAACAAACGAGGUGCCGCUUUGCAUGCGGACGUUUGUCUUCCUCUAAACUGGCGCUGCCUAUUUAAUGAGUAAGUGUACUGACACAACUGUCUUCAGAUUGACACUCGUUCGGCAGCAUAGUUCAGCGUUAAAUAUUUUUCAUUCGAGUGAAUUAUCGGAAACUGAAUACCGUAAUUUGCACAUUAUCCAGUGAAACUCACCCAAACCCACAAAAAAUAAGUUGAUCUAAUAAAUGUAUAGAAAAUGUACGCCAACUUUAUAUACCGACCUAACGAUAAACGUCUCGCUUUCGGGGUACCACACGAUAAUAUCCUAGAAACUUGAAAUCUUAAAAAUCUCAUAUCACGCCACAUGCAAAAGAACGAAUAUGCCAAAGAGAAGCAGGUCGCAGGUUAUGUAAAAACAAACGGAAACUAUUACCUUUGUGCAGCCAAAAAAUUCCCACAUUUCUGCUCAUCCCUCAUGGUCUCACCAAAAAAAGGCUGAAGCAUGUCAAUUUGCAGAAUUAACCUACCUUCUACCAUCUGUGGGCGUUUGGCGUCCUCUCAACCUCGCCUCCGCAAACACCCUAACUAUGCGAGCAGACAUCUGACUGGUUGAUCACGCUGUCAUGGCCUCCUUAUUCCAGCAAUAAAAGGAGGCGCCUGCGACAUAGAAGGACCAUGAGAAGGCGGUCAGACAUUAACAGCGUUCUUCCUGUCGAAGGAUUUCGCAUGCCAAGGUAGGUCCUUCACUUCCCAACUGCAAGCAUCUCCAUUUUUCUUUCAUUACAGCCCACAGGAGGUCGAAAAAUUCUUUCGGAAACUGGACAUUGACGGAAACAACAGGAUCUCCGCAGACGAGCUCCUUUACAUCCUGAAUUUGGAUGGCAUCACAAAGGCGGACAUUGAGCAGUUCAUCGCAAAUUUCGACGUCAAUCAUGAUGGCUGCUUGGACAAAAGCGAGCUGCGUAAUCUCCUGCUAUCGUUGGGUUUCUAA